UUUUCUGGAGCACCCAACAUGGCACGUUGGCUCCUGAAUUCCUGUGUCCUUCUGCUGCUGGCAGUGGGCAGCCUGCAGGCGCGCCUGAUCCUGCCACAAUCCUUGGACGAUGGUCAGCUGGAGACCAAGGGAUCUGCACUCUUUGCCACUCCCCGCAUAGAUGACAACAGUGAGGGCAACUACCGACUGCCGAACAACACGGAACCGGAAUCCUAUAAUGUGGAACUCUGGACAAAUGUUCACACUGGCGACACCCAGUUCAAUGGAACCGUUAGCAUCGAUCUGCGAGUGCUGGAGACUUCCACGGACAUAAAGCUACACUACCGCCAGACGUCGAAUUUCGAGGCCUCGAUCAUCAGCCGGGAUGAGGUCACGCCCACUGCGAUUCCACUUACUGUGUACACCGAACUGCAGCGGGAAUUCCUAAUCCUCAAUGCAACUGGCGUGAGCUUCUUAGAGAACACCAACUGGACCCUAACCAUCAAGUACAACGGCACCCACCGAUCCGAUAUGGGCGGUUUCUAUAUCUCCAGCUAUACUGAUGACGAUGGCCAGCAGCACUUCCUGGCCACCACGCAGUUCGAGAGCACCAAUGCCCGUCACGGCUUUCCCUGCUAUGAUGAGCCUGCUCGCCGAGCCAACUUCACCAUCACCAUCCACCACGAUCCUACCUACACCGCCAUCAGCAACAUGCCUGUGAAUGAGACUACCAGCAGUUCUGGAGUCACCGUCUUCCAGACGACCCCCAAGAUGUCCACCUACCUGGUGGCCUUCAUUGUGUCCGACUUUGAGUCCACCACCGGAGAACUCAAUGGUCUGCGUCAACGUGUCUUCUCCCGCAAGGGAAAGCAGGAUCAGCAGGAGUGGGCCCUCUGGUCUGGAUUGGUAGUGGAGUCCAGCCUGGCCGGCUACUUCGGAGUUCCCUUCGCCCUGCCCAAGCUGGAUCAGGCUGGAAUUCCGGACUUCUCUGCCGGAGCCAUGGAGAAUUGGGGACUGGCCACUUACCGUGAGCAGUACAUGUGGUGGAACAAGGAGAACUCGACAACUAACUUAAAGACGAACAUUGCCAACAUUAUUGGACACGAGUACGCGCACAUGUGGUUCGGAGAUCUGGUGUCCGUGAAAUGGUGGACAUAUCUGUGGCUCAAGGAAGGCUUCGCCACCCUGUUCUCCUACGAAUCGAACGACAUUGCCUUCCCCGAGUGGAACACCUACCAGAUCUACCAUGUGAACGACUACAAUAGCGCCCUGCUGAACGAUGCCCUGGCCUCGGCCGUGCCCAUGACGCACUACGUCCAGACCCCCAACGAGAUCUCCAACCGGUACAACACCUUCUCGUACGCCAAGCCCGCCAGUGUUCUUUACAUGUUCAAGAAUGCCUGGUCGGACAAGGUUUUCCGCAAUGGAUUGAACAAGUACCUGACCAAGAAUAAAUUCACAUCCUGCGACGAGUGGGACCUGUUUGCCUCCUUCCAGGAGUCUGCAAAUGAAUUGGGCCUAACGCUGCCCACCUCUGUGGACAACAUCUUCAGCAGCUGGUCCCACCAGGCCGGUUAUCCCCUGCUCACCGUGACCAGAAAUUACCAGACUGGCACCUUCACGAUCACCCAGAAGCGCUACGUGGCCGACAAGGAUGAUUCGAAUGUGGCAACCUGGUAUGUGCCCCUCAACUUUGCCACUGCCUCCAAUCCCGACUACCGGAACACGAGUGCCACUCAUUAUUUGCUGAAUGUGACGGAGACCGUGUUCUCGGAUGUUCAGAUCUCCAGCGAUGACUGGGUCGUGGUGAACGUACAGAACUCCGGCUACUAUCGCACCAUAUACGAUGCCCAGAACUAUGCACUCAUUGCUGCCGUUUUGAAGUCCCAGCCCUGGAAGAUCCACCCGAGGAAUAGGGCUCAACUGCUGUACGAUACGUACAUCUUUGUGAGCACCGAUCGCCUGAGCCACAGCAUCCUGUUGAACCUGCUCAGUUAUCUGGAAAAUGAGGAGCAGUAUGCCCCGUGGUCCACUGCCAACACUAUCCUCACCGUUUACGAUCGUUACCUGAGGGGCGAUGAUUCCUACUACAACUUCCAGAGAUUCGUGCAGCAACUGAUCGAUCCCAUCUUCAACAAGAUCGGAGUGAACGAGAUUCCCGGCGAGCAUUACCUGAACAACUACCUGCGUAACGUCCUGAUCAGCUUGGCCUGCCAGGUGGGAUCCAGUGAUUGCUACAGCCAGUCGGCCCAGAAGCUGUCCGAUCACUUUAACAACGGCCCUGCCGUCGAGGCCACUUUGAAGACCCAGGCCUACUGCGCCGGUCUGCGAUCCACCACCAAUGCUAUCUACAGUAGAGUCCAGUCGGAACUGUUGGCCUCUACCGAUGCAACCGAUCGCCUUGUGCUCAUCUCCUCGUUGGGCUGCUCGGGACAAACGAGCCAACUGGUUGACUUCCUGGGGCUAUCCCUGGACACCACCAAUAGCCUGAGCCAAUCGGAGCGCACUUCACUCCUCUACUACUCCUAUUACCGUAGCGAGAUUGGUCUAACCGCCAGUUUGGAGUUCCUGGAGACCAACUGGGAGGCAUAUGCCAAACUGUCGGCCACUUCCAAGCCCCUUGAUACCGCCCUGCGUGGCAUUGCCACCUAUGUGGUCAGCGAGAAGCAGAAGACAAGGCUCAACGCUUUGGUGGAUGUUGUGAAGGCCAGUGGACCCGAAUAUCUCAACGAUGACCUGAGCAGCACUAUUGACUCCAGGAUUACUGCCAACUUCGAUUGGUUGAAUGUCAACCGCGAUCCCUUGCUCAACUGGAUCGCCGAUACCUUCUCGGAGAACAGUGGUCCCACUGUGACCUCUUCCAUCUCCACGAUCCUGGUCAGUGCGAUGGCCCUGCUGUUCUACAGGCUAUUUUAGGCUAAGUCAUGCGGUCAAGUAUUAAUCAUAAAUUCAGUAAAGUAACAUGAGUCAACAUUAAAGAUUGUGUGUUAAUCAGAA